AUGGAGGGAUGCAUGAAGGGAUGCAUGGAGGGGUGCAUGAAGGGAUGCAUGGAGGGAUGCAUGGAGGGAUGCAUGGAGGGAUGCAUGGAGGGAUGCAUGGAGGGAUGCAUGGAGGGAUGCAUGGAGGGAUGCAUGGAGGGAUGCAUGGAGGGAUGCAUUGAGGGAUGCAUGGAGGGAUGCAUGGAGGGAUGUUUAUGGAAACUUGGCCAAACUGGAAAAAUAGGAUCUGCAGAAAUGGAACCUGCACAGCCACACAAGACGAACCACUGUGCACCAGUUUCCCUGUGGAAGGUGUAA